CUGUAAUCUGAUAUGUCAUUAUGCAAAUGACAUAGGUCAGCUGAUUCAUCUUGCACAAGAGGCGGUUGACCGAAGAUCCCACCUCUUUUCAUCAACAUGAGUUAUGUCCACAAACCCCACACUAAACCUCUCGAACACCGUACACCAUUCCAGCUACUCGACGCUCACGCCAACGCCCAUCCUAAAAAGGAAGCCUUCGUGUUCCGCGAUGAAACUAAGAACAGAACAUCGUUAACAUUCCAAGAGUAUGAAUCUAAUUCCAGACUUCUCGCUGCUGCAUUACUUGAGAUAGGACUGGUACGUGGUGAUAGAGUGCUGUUAAUGUUGCCAUCGUGUAUUGAGUUUGUAAUAGUGCACAUGGCAUUAAACAGAAUUGGCGCCAAUGUUUUAAUAGUUGAAGAAGAUGCUUAUCCCGCUGUCCUUGGUGUUGUAGACCUGGCCUGUGUGAUUGCACGCAAUGAGAUUGAAUGUCCAUCUGCUAACCAUGAUCAAGUUCUAGAAAAUAUCCAAAAAAUUGCUUCAGAAAGUCUAAAAGCAGUUUUAAUUGUAAGUCCAAGCGCUGGUCCACUCCAAGAUUUCGAGAAUGUGUUCAUCUACAAAGAGCUUUUUCAAAUGGCCGAGGCAAUGGUUAAUUGGAACGAGGCUGUCAGACGCGCAGAAGCAGCCGUUCAGAUGGACGACCCAUCAUUUGUGGUGUUUACGUCUGGUUCUACGUCUAUUCCUAAACCCAUUCAGUACACAAACCAUGGUUUUGUGAAUGGUGUGCUCGCAGACGCUUCGCUGAUGCUGAUGGAUGAAAACUCCAUCUAUUUCUCUGAUGCGCCUUUUGACUGGGUUUCAGGUUUGUGUUUUAGUAUUGGAGUUGUCAUAACGAUGGGAUCAACCCUCGUAGUAUUUCCUCCCAAACUAACCUUUGAAGGGCGACUUGUGCCAACUGUUAUGAAGAUAAUCGAAGAAGAAGAAUGCACGCAUGCAAUGAUCUUGGCCUACUUCUUCCAUGAUAUUACAAUGUGCAACGAGAUUCUGGACAUGAACCUGAGUAAGUUGAAAGUUGCUAUUACCGGAGGACAAGCUGCUACGUUAUCUUUAAUGAGGACAGUUUUCGACAGGAUCCCUCAUCUCAUCAUUAAUAACAUCUAUGGAGGUACAGAGAUGAAUAUGAUCGCUAAUAAGCUCAUUACAAGAGAAAAUCUCGAUACAAUGGACCCUGGACUGAUGGAAAUUGUUGAGGGUUGCGAAGUGAAGAUCGUUGAGGAAAAUAGAAAUCUUGCACCUUUAAUGACAAAAGGUGAACUCUGUGUGCGCGCAUCUUGGGUGUCGUUUCCCAUGUGGGAUUUAUUAUUGUCACCUGAAGGGAAACCUACCAACACCCAAACCGAUGCUGCUAAGAACGGAUGGCACUACACUAACGAUGGCGCUUCUUUAGAUGAGAAUGGAAAGUUGAGACUUCAAGGCAGGAUGGAUGAUAUGAUUAAAUGUGCGACUGAAUCGAUUCCACCUUACGAGAUUGAAAGCCUUCUACUUGAUCACCCUUGCGUCCAUAAAGUUUGUGUUGUUGGCAUCCCUGAUGAGCGGUUGUACGAAAAAAUGUGCGCAUGCGUGAUCUUGAAAGAUGGUAGCGACGAAAACGACCAUCUUACUAUGAAGGACGAACUCGACAAAUAUUGCAGUGAGAACUGUUGGCUUUCCACCGUAGGUUUGUUCUGGAAACCACACUACUAUAUCUUUGUGAAGGAAUUUCCAAUGACAAGGACUGGCAAGUUGAGUCGAAAGCUUACUAAAGAAAUGGCCAUCAAGAAUUUUGAACUGUAGUGAACUACGGAGAAAACCCGAUUAGAGUUUUUACUACCUUGAUGAAUUUAAAUACAAAAGAACAUAUUAAGUAAAUCUUCAUGUAAAUGAUUUUUUUAUUUGCUUUUACAUCAAUUUCAUGAUAAAAUAUAAUUUGUGUAAGUAUAAUAUUAGACCAAGAUAGAAAGGAAAUACGAAAAUAAAAGAACACGACAGUACUUGGACUCGAACCCCCAUUACGAAAAUAUCGAAAAAGAUUGGAACGAUAUUCCCCCAAGACAUUCUUGAAGCAGAGGAGUCAAACUGAUUUACAUUACCUCAAAAAUUGUAAAUUUUACCAUAAAAUAACGAUACAGACAAAAAAAGGUGAGAUUUGGAGUCAAAUUAUUCAAAGACGAGAAAGACACUAUAGGAAAUGACGUCAUCACAAUUAUGACGUCACAACUGUUAACAUGAAUACAAAUCGAACCACAACAUCACAGAAGAGCAGUAAACGCCUAAAUAUGAUAUUUAACUGGUUAUCUAGAUAUAUAUAAUUGAUAAAAAUUACCUGAUAUCUAUGACGU